CCAAGGGGGGGGGACAAGCUCCUCUUUGGCCUGGACCACUUUUGUCGGCGGGGGUGUACGUGGAAGGUCCCAUGUCGGGGAUGCACCCCUCUGCCUGCAGAAGUCCCUGCUCGUAGAAAGCGAGCUGGUUAGGGAAACUAAGCCCAAGUCCCUGCGUGGUUGCCACCCAAAUCCCCAGAGCCAUUUGGGUGACUACCAUGGGGAGCAACCGCAGGGGAGAAGGGGGCAGCUGCCCCCAACUCCUGCUUGGGGGAGUCCCCAGAGGCAUCUGGUGGGUCCCUGCAAGAUGCCUGGCCCUGCUGAUCAAAUCCAGCGGGGCUCUUUCCAGUGCUCGGGAGGGUGCUGAGUUUCCUUGCAUUGUGACAUCACCCCCCAACUGCCAGCCGUUCAGAGAGCGGUGGCCGGCCCGCGAGUGGCCCGCGGAGCUAGCCCGGAGCUCCUUCUGAGAGAGCGUGGCAGCGUUUCUCUUCUGUGAUUCCCACCUGGGUCCCCAAAUAUAUUGCAAGAUGCUGAAGGCCCUUUGGUGGUGCCUUUUCCCCAAAAGGAAUGCCAAGGUUGCUGCUGCUACUCCGGGACCAUCCAUCGACCUGCCCAAAGACCCCAUCGCGGAGGCCGACUGCAUGAAGGUGGAGCAGCAGUGGCGGAAGAUACAGAUACUUGCAGAGAAGGACUCACAGGACAUGCUGGUGAUCCUGCAGUAUUUUGGAUAUUUUUGGCAUAACACCGAGGAAGAGCCCCAGUGUUUCCAGCAGAAGUUCUGCAAGGCCACCAUGAACCUGAUCGAGGCCGCUUCUGCCAGUAGAGAUGGCAUAGCCAUUUUGACCUCCAUCAUGUUGACUGUCUACAAAAUAGGGCAGGUCCAGCCUCUGGGGGAAAACGUGGAGCGCUGCCUCCUCCAGAAAGUCCUGAGCAGUUUCGCCGAGGUGGAAGCAGACAGUCCCAGUGAGUGCAGCCAGCCUGUCAGGAAAAAAGCCGCCGAAGCAUUGCAGAUCGUGCUGAGAGGCUGGCUGAGAGAGGACUCCACCACCAGGCACCUGCGCGGCCUGGCUAAGAUCCUCGAUGGCUGGAUCCACCACCUGGAACACGGGUGGGUGCGAGAACUUUGCUUCUCCGCCAGCUCCGCACUCCUGCGGUACGCCAGCACCAUGCCUCAGAUCGAUAUGGAGUGGGUGCGGAUGACCAUCGCGAUGCCGCUCUUCAGUAAUUUCCAGCGAGAGAAAUGGCGCAUACAUGAAGGUGACCUCCGUGGCUGGGGAGGCGAGGAGGGCAACGCUGUGUCCUGGGAAGGGCACGGCCUCAGGAAACCCCUCUCCCUUCCUAAGGUCCUCAUAUGGCCUCGUAAUCAAAAACUUAGAAGAGGAGCAGCAGGAGGAGGAGGAAGAAGAAGAAAGCGCUAUAUAAAUCUGAUAAAUAAACAAGUUGUUCUGACCACGCACCCCAGUCAUCAAUAGCAGUGGAUCCUACGCCACCUCUUUGCACCGAUCUGGACAGCAUCCUUCCAGCCACCUGUGAUAACAGCUCCUCAACCCGGCCACCCACCACCAAAAGCAACAGCCCAGGAGAGAUGCCCUGCCCACACACGUCCACCAUGGAGAACCUCAUUAAUUGCGAGUCCAGCAGCCGCCGUUUCGUGUAUUCGCAGUCAGCAUCAAAGCAGUCUCUGAAAGUCCCCUAUGUGACUCCUGUGGCAGUCAGGAAGGAAGCGAGGGCCAGUUGUGCCAGCUGCCCUUUCUAUUGGCCUAGCUGAUCAUGUGAGCGCAACAUUGGAGCUGUCUCAAGGAGCUAAUUUCCCAAACGAUUGACUGCACAGGCGCAUCCCAAUCAGUGCUACACAGAGACCACUCGGAGAAGAUCACCCAUUACAGGUAAGCAACCUCUUCUUGUUAGGCCUGUGCCUUCUCCUUUCUUUUCAACAAGACCGUAGUCCUCAUGAUGAACUCUCUUCCUUCUCCCUCUUACUGCGCUCCCCCUAGCUAAGGGUUCCUUUUUGCACCUCACCCCGCACCACUUACCCCAUGUCCGUUGCACUG